GAAGAAUAGUGACGUCAGACUUGGGUCACAGUGAAGUCACAUGAGGCGUAAUAAAAUGUCGAUCUCGCUUUUGCAGAUUUUCAGUAAGAUAUUACUAUUAAACAAAGUAAUAGCGAGUUAAUCGAUAGUUUGCCAGAACGAUAAAAACAUGGACGAGGACGGUUUACCGAUUGUGGGAUCAGGAAUAGAUCUGACCAAGGUCCCAGCCAUACAACAGAGGAGAGUCGUUGCCUAUCUCAACCAGUUCAUAGUGCACACUGUCCGCUUUCUCAAUCGUUUUUCGACAGUUUGCGAAGAGAAACUUGCAUGCAUAUCUCUUCGGAUACAGCAGAUUGAAACUACCCUCAGCAUUUUGGAAGCAAAGCUCUCCUCUAUUCCUGGUUUGGAGGAUGUCAGGGUGGAGGGUGUUGGUCAGCGGCCAGCUACAGAGGUUAAUGGUCCAGUCACAGUUGUGGUCCCAAGUCAACCAGAGACCCCUAUAGCUGUGGCUGUGCCAUUGCCACCUCCUGAGGCUUCUCCAAACAUAACAGAACCAAGAGCAGCAGGAGACAGUUGGAUGACUGUGGCCAAGGACCCACGCUAUGCCAGAUAUCUCAAGAUGGUGCAAGUGGGUGUUCCAGUUAUGGCGAUAAAGAAUAAAAUGGUCCAGGAAGGUUUGGAUCCCAACCUGCUUGACACACCAGAUGCACCUGUGCCUGAUGCCGUCAAAAAGAAAACACUGGAUCACGAUGAUGACAGCGACGAUGGCAGUGAGUCAUCUUUCAGCGAUUGAUCUGCUGUCUUAGCCAUGAAGCUGCCUAUAGGGAACUUCCUUCCCUGUCAUCUGUGCUCCGGGCCUUUUCCACUGUGCUGCUGCAGGGGCACAGAAGGACUAGAUGCCAGUGUGUGCUUGACAGGCAGAACUACAGUGCUACCAGACAGAAAGUCCCACUUCUGUGGAAGGGAUCUGCAGGGAUGCAUGGGACUUACAAAAACAGGCAGAUUGUUAAGUAGCUGAAAUCGCAUUGUAGAUUGAGUGAAUGUCAACGAGAAAGAGCUGAUAAUGUCUAUGUCCAGGUCAGCCACUGAUCUUGUGAAUGUUAUAUUUUUGUUUCCAUUUCUUCUCCUGAAACAUUUGAUUGGUCACGGACAUGGUAUGUCUUUAUUUACAUAGUUUAGCAGUAAAACCAAUGGAAUGACAACCAUGGAAAGUACUAACCAGAUAAUCGAUUAGUAAUUGACCAUUAUUUUCUUAAGAUUGCACUGGGCAAACAUGCCUCUGCCCCAUGUCAGUAUCAUGUGAACAUUCCAAUGCCUUUGAAAGAGAUUGUGGGGCGGCAGGUAGUCUAGCGGUUAAUUAAGGGCGUUGGGCCAGUAACCGGAAUGUUGCUGGUUGGAAUCCCAGAGCUAACUAGGUGAAACAUCUGUCUGUGCCCUUGAGCAAAGCACUUAUUGCUCCUGUAAGUCGCUCUGGAUAAGAUUGUCUGCUAAAAGACAAAAAUGUAAUUGUGCUUUAGUCACAUUUGUUUUGUUAUUUUGAGUGAUGUCUGCAUGUUACACUUGUGAGAGGGUGAUAAGUUGUAUCUCAUGUCCAUAAUAAUGUUUGCGAUAACAUUUGAUGGGUACUAUUUUAUACUACAUCUGCUGUAUGAAGGAUGUCAAGCAGAAAUGUUGAGGACUGUUCUCUGGCCGAUUAUUCGUUUUUAAUUGAGACAUUAAGCUGUUGAAAUGUAAAUGUUCCUGGAGUGAACAAUGUGAAGGACAAAUUAAGAAAAUUGCACUUUUGGGUAAAUAUAUAAUGGAAAGAACACCACUACUUGUGAGCAAUGUGUCAAUUGCAAUGGUACUGUGUAAGGCCAAAUUAACAGUAGUACCUAAUGUUCUAAAAUGGUGCAUCUUAAUCCCAGAUUUAACCAUGUGUGACUAACCAUGUUAGCAAGGCUUUCAGGCCCUUGAUUCCCUCUGCAUUAUGCCUUUUAAGUCAAGAGUUUUAUACAACAUCUCUUAUCCAAACAAAUGCUCAGAGAUCCAAUUCAUAUUGAUCUUCACAUUGUUUGUAGUUGUCUCUGGGUAGAACACUGCAAUGAUGGAUUAUUUUCAAUUGAUUAAGAAAGUGGGUAGAUGGAGAGGUGUUAGAAGAUUGGAAAGCCCGUUGUUCACAAGCGCAAGGCAAGCAGCAUUGAGAUCUGAGUGUUUAUGCAGUUUAGCCGUAAAAAUAAAACCACAUUUUACCUAAAGAUAUGUGGACAUAAUUUUAUUCAAACAGUUUUUUUGUUGUUGUUGGGAACAUAGAAAUAUUUCACACAUACAGUAGCCCUAUAUGUAUAUGAGUUACUUUAUUACAAUGGUAUACCAUAGAUAUGCCUCAAUACCCUGAAAAACAAUAGUUUGUCUUGAGGAAAAUACCUAACUAGAAAAAUAUUUACAUUCUAAUAUAAAACAAUUAACCUUGGAGUAGGUAAAUGUACAUACAGUCUCUCCAUAAACUACUGAUGCGUGAAAUUCAUUUUCUUAACUUGAUUUUGUGAUUUUCUUGUUCAAUACUGACCUUUACCACCUGGAUGAGUCUUUUAUUAACCCAACAAAUUCUAGAAUUGCUGUUCACAGGAUGUGUUUUGUUUUGUGGUUAACUGUUAAGACUUAGGUUAUGUUGCAAUGGAUACAGUAUUAAUCAUGUAUUCAUUCAGAUAAUCUCAUACAGUUCAUUUGGAAAGUAUCCUUCCCUUUUUUCAACAUUUUGUUACGUUACAGCCUUGUUCUAAAAUUGAUAUUUUCCUCAUCAAUCUACACAUAAUACCCCAUAAUGACAAAGCAAAAACACAUUU